AAUUCAAAGAGACAGAUUUUAAUCUUUUUCGGUUACACAGUGUGUCGGUCAUUUGUUUGAUUGUCAUAUACUUUUCCAGCCAUUUUCUUUCGUAGAGCACAGUGAAUAUUUGCAGUAUGGUAACAACAACAGUUCUUUGGUGUUAGCAGGAAGUCGAUUGAAGUAAACUGAACUGUUUUUGCUAAUAACAGAGGUAGGCUUUGUGCGAUUUGGACAGUGCCUUUGUUAAAAUGUUCCUAAUUAUCGCAAAGUUGUUAUUUUAUGCGAGUUGCACUCAGUUCCCCAUUAUCGCUAGCGGGGAAACGGGGGAGCCCUCAAACAUAGAGAUUACCAGGAGGAAUCUAAAUUUUCCAUGGGACAACAUGAGGUUGCCAGAUACAGUGAAUCCAUUACAUUACGAUCUCUUGAUCCAUCCCAACCUUACUUUCCUCAACUACACUGGAAUAGUUCAGAUUCGGGUCGAGGUACUGAAGGAAACAAGAGCCUUCAUUCUUCACAGCAAGAACCUCCACAUUUCCAGGGCAGUAGUUUCAGGAUCCGGCCGUCCCCGUCUGCUCCAAGUUAUAGAAUUCCCACCGUUUGAGCAGAUUGCUCUCGUGUCAAAUGACCAAGCACUGAACAAGGGCAUUCAGGUUAUUUAUCUUGAGUUCUCGGCUAACCUCUCUGACAACUUUCAUGGCUUUUACAAAAGCACGUACAACACACGCGACGGUGAGGUCAGAGUCCUGGCGUCGACUCAGUUUGAACCCACACAUGCUCGUGGUGCCUUUCCCUGCUUUGAUGAACCUGCUUUCAAAGCCAAUUUCUCCAUCCGCAUCCGAAGAGAGUCGAGGCACAUAGCUAUAUCCAACAUGCCAAAGAUCGAAACAGUAGAGCUUCCAAACGGAGUUUUGGAGGAUCACUUUGAUGAGAGUGUGAAGAUGAGCACUUACCUAGUGGCCUUCAUCGUGUGUGAUUUUCUCUCAGUAACAAAGACAAGUCAGCACGGAGUCCAGAUCUCGGUGUAUACCGUGCCCGAGAAGAUCGGGCAGGCAGGAUACGCUCUCGAUACUGCGGUUACACUCCUGGAUUUUUAUGACGACUACUUUGACAUCCCGUAUCCGCUCCCAAAACAAGAUCUGGCCGCGAUCCCAGACUUCCAGUCGGGUGCCAUGGAAAACUGGGGUCUGACGACAUACAGAGAGUCAGGCCUUCUGUUUGACCCUGAGAAAUCCUCAACCUCUGACAAGCUAGGGAUCACCCAGGUCAUCGCUCACGAACUGGCCCAUCAGUGGUUCGGCAACCUGGUUACCAUGCAGUGGUGGAAUGACCUGUGGUUAAAUGAAGGUUUUGCCAAGUUCAUGGAGUUCGUGUCCGUCAAUAUUACUCACCCAGAGCUGCAAGUGAAUGAUUUCUUCCUGGAGAAGUGUUUCGCUGCCAUGGAUGUAGAUUCUUUGACGUCCUCACACCCCAUCUCUACGCCCGUAGAGAAUCCGGCAGAGAUCGGAGAAAUGUUUGAUGAUGUGUCCUAUCGUAAGGGAGCCUGCGUUUUGAACAUGCUGCGAGAUUUCCUGACCCCUGAGGUGUUUAAGAUGGGCAUCAUUCAUUACCUUAAGAAACACAGUUACCAAAACACCGUCAAUGCCGACCUGUGGGAGAGCCUGAACAGCAUCUGUGACUCAGAUGACUCGGAAGAGGGGAGGCUGAGAUUGGAUGGAUUCUGCGGUGGUAGAAAAUCUACAACUGCUGCCUCUAAGUGGUUUAUGAAGGAUGAAAUGGACGUCAAAGCCGUCAUGGACACUUGGACCCUGCAAGAGGGGUUUCCAGUAAUCACUGUGGAGGUCAAAGGUCGAGAGGUCAGACUGAGCCAGGAGAGGUAUCUCAAAGCGGCAGAUCUCUCAAAGGAUUCUGGUUUCCUUUGGCAAGUACCGUUAACUUACAGAACCAGCCAGUCCAGAACAGUGCACCGCUUUUUACUAAAAACUAAAAAAGAUGUCUUAUACCUGCCAGAGGAGGUGGAAUGGAUUCAAUUUAACGUUGACAUGCGUGGGUACUAUAUCGUCCAUUAUGAGGGACAGGGCUGGGACGCUUUGAUCAGCCAACUCCAAAGUAACCAUACGGUGUUCAGCAGCAACGACAGAGCCAGCCUCAUCAACAACAUCUUCCAGUUGGUUAGUAUUAAAAAGGUUCCGCUCGUUAAAGCCCUGGACCUGAGUCUGUACCUGCGACGGGAGACAGAAGUCAUUCCAGUAACACAGAGCUUCACUGAGUUAGUGCCCCUCUAUAAACUCAUGGAGAAGAGGCCAGAAAUGGAGGCUCUGGAGAACCAAAUGAAGGGCUAUUUGGUGAAGCUGUUCCAACCCCUGGUAGACAUUCAGACCUGGAGCGAUGAGGGAACGGUGUUAGACAGAGUGCUGCGUAGCUACCUGCUCCUGUUUGGAUGCGUUCGUCGUUAUGAGCCCGUGGUCAACAAAGCCAGAGAACUCUUCCGCAGAUGGCGGGAAUCUGACGGCACGAUGAGGGUGCCGGUUGACGUCGGUUUAGUGGUUUACACAGAGGGGGCACGAACAGAGGACGGCUGGGACUUCCUGUUUGAGAAGUUCCGUCAUUCCAUUUACUCCUCGGAAAAGAGUCAAAUUAAAGCCGCUCUCACGUUCAGUCCACUGGUUGGCAAACUUCAAUGGAUGAUGGAACAGGGUCUAGAGGGAAAGGCCCUGAGAACCCAAGACCUUCCCUCCACCAUCAUAAGCAUUAGCAAGAAUCCCAAAGGUUACAAGAUUGCUUGGGACUUCCUGCGGGCUAACUGGGGAACGCUCGUGAAGAAGUUUGACCUGGGCUCCUCUGCCCUUUCGCGGUUGAUAGUCGGAGUGACGAACCAGUAUUCCACUCAGGAAAUGCUCGAAGAGGUGCAGCAGUUCUUUGGCUCGCUGCCGAAAGACAUGGGCGCGGGGCUGCGCUCCGUUCAGCAGGCCGUGGAGAACAUAGAGGAGAACAUUCGCUGGAUGGACAGCAACGUGCCGGUUCUCCAAGCUUGGCUGGACAGCCACAGUCUGUGACCAUUCUGAGACGGGCUCCGCGGUCUUUAGGACUUUUAGAGGACAUUGCACUAUCCAUAGUACAGGUUCAUUCAGUUUCAUGAGUGAAUACGUUUAUUUGUUUACUUAGUAGUUUUGUUUUCGUGAAGAACAAAGGCAGUACGUACUCUGAAAGCAAACAUAUUCCCCUUUUAAAACUGAGCCUGGUUUGAAUUAAAAUACACCAUGGGUCGUGUUCUUGAUCUGUGUUGAUUUUUAAUCUGUAAAAAUUUGUAUUUUGGAGUUAGUCUUGGUGAUAAUAGAUAGAUAGAUAAUUAAAUAAAUAAAU